AUGGAGAUGAUGAGCCCCUCAGAAUGGAAUGCAAUCAAGCAGGCGGUGGAGGAUGUGCAGAAGCUGCUGCUGGAGAAGGAUUGUCAUCUGUCCCGAGCGCUGAUACCUGUGGACACGCUACACAUCACUCUACUGGUGACUCACCUGAGCACACAGGAGCAGCUGGAUCUCGCUGCGUCUACAUGAUCAGAGCUGGAGUCUCCUCUGAACGCGCUGCUGGGGGUCCUGCCCUUCUGUGGAAUCGGACACUUUAAACAGGAAGUGGCUUUCGUUCAGAUCGUGGACGGAGGGCAUCUGACCACACUCACGCUCAUGGCAGAGAGCGUGAGGAAGGCGUUUGAGGAGCAAGGCAUCGCGUCUGGAGAUGACAAAGCAUUCAAACCUCAUCUGACGUUUCUCAAACUCUCACGAGCACCUAAACUACGCAAGCAGGGCGUUAAGAAGCUGGAUCCGGCACUGUUCUCUGAGUUCGAGUCCGUGUGUUUGGAGACGAAUGCGUGUGUAGAGUGGACCUGUGCUCCAUGCUGAAGAAAAAGAGCUCAGAUGGAUACUACCACCGAGAGAAGAGCGUCAGCUUCAGUGUUAAGAAGGCCCCGGCGCCGGACGAUGAGGAGUUAGUGAGUCUGAGUAAGCGGCUGGUGGAAGAUGCUGUGUUGCGGGCCGUGCAGCAGUACAUGGAGGAAACUCAGCAGAACGGCGCUGCGCCGAGAGACCAGGCUCCACCGGGGGCCGCCAGCAAACUCAACACCACCAAAUGAGCGCGAGCGCCCUGAGCCGUCCCCCGAGCCGACCGCUGGAGAGCCACGCCUCCACCUGCCAGCGGCGCCAGAGCGCAGCCGAGAGCGAUUGAGCUGAAGAGAAGGGCUGUGGAGAUCAGGCCGGAUCUCUGGACAAACACAACACUCAAUCUGAACUUUAUUUCCCUGCCUUCCCCGUCCUGCAUCACUCCUGUCUGUAUGAAUUGGUAACACUUUAUUGUGAUGAUCCCUUUUGAGCAUUCUGUUGAUUAGGGCUGGGAAAAUAAAUCGAUGCAUCGCGAAUCGAGAAAUGAUUCCGCAUCGAUUCUGAG